AUGGAAGAUUAUUCUAUGCAUAUGAAAGACUUUUCAUCGGACUUGCAAGAUAAUGAAGAAGACCGUGAAACGGAAUCACAAGCAGGACACUCCUUCACCGACGGAACCAAUUUCUGUUGUGGUCAAACAUUCGCCGAUAAAAAAGAGUUGAAAAUGCAACUAAACGCAGCAGCGACGAGGCAGUCUUUUGAUUAUUAUAUGGAGAAGAGCUGCACGAAAUUGAUGAAGGCGCAAUGCUUAUCUCGUGGUUGUGGCUGGCUGUUGCGGGUAAAAAAGUACGACACCUUGGACAGAUUUUGCAUAUACAGGUAUGUCGGGAUGCAUACGUGCGGCGUUGAAAACGCCACCCGCAGGCACAAAAAAGUCUCAUCCGAAUUGAUUGCUUCAGUAUGCGUAAAUCAUUUUUGGGAUGGUAAGGGUCCAAGCAUAAGAGAAAUUCAAAGAAUUGUAUUUAACGAAUUGCGUUGCAACGCAAGCUAUUGGAUGUGUUGGAAAGGAAGUGUAAUUGUGAAGAACAUCAUUCGUGAGACACCGGAGCACGGAUAUGCUUGCUUGCCGGCUUUUUUCCACAUGGUGGAGGUAAUUGCCGUCGAUGACACACAUUUGUAUGGCAAGUACGGGGGCGUUCUGCUGAGCGCCGUUGCACAGGACACUGAAAAUAAUAUAUUUCUGAUUGCCUUUUGUGUCGUCGAUACAGAGAACGAUGCUUCCUGGACCUUUUUCUUCCAGAAGCUGAAGUCUAUCAUAGAAGAUGAACCAGAUCUAUGCGUCAUCUCUGACAGGCACAUUAGCAUCGCCAAUGCCUUCUCCCGUGUAUACAGUCGUGCACAUCACGGACUUUGCAUGAGGAACCUCGCUGAAAAUCUUUGCAGUGUGAGCGAUUCCUUGUAUGUGGGUAAUCCAAACGGGGUUCUUGACGAGUAUACGGUGUUCGGCAACGACGUUACUACCAAGGUCAAUCUCUUGGAGAGGAGCUGUUCUUGUCAAAAAUUUGACUUGGUGAAAAUGUCGUGCGAACACGCGAUGGCAGCUUUGCGAGCAAAGUACGGGGAUGGCGAAGAUUAUGGUAACUCCAUCUACGACUACUCUUCGCUAAUUUAUAAAGAUGAAAGUUACCUCCUCGCAUACUCGGAAGCAAUUAACGUGGUCCCUCCGGAGGCUGAAUGGACUAUGCCACAGGAAUUGACAACUCGACCUACCAUUGGGUGGAUAUAUGAACGGACGCAAUCUACAGGUUUAUAA